AUAGUCGACCAUUCAACGACACAAAGCGUGUAAACGUAUCAAAUAUAUUUUUGUGUGUGAAAUUUCUAAAUUGUUUAACUAGUCUUGCAAGCGAUAACGAUUCAUUUUGUUUUUUAAUCUAAUUAACUGUAUCGUUGAUCAAAAGAUCAUAAAAUAAAUUGACCAUGUAGCUAUUUUCUUCUGAAGAGCAGAAGUCGACGCUAGCUGCUAGCUUUGUUAGCCACUCCAGGGCCUUCUGUGUGUGUAAUCACGUUGGCCUUCCGUGGCUUUGUUUUAUAAAAUGUUUCCUUCUUGGGGAAAUUACGGGGCUCCUCCGCCGCAAAGCUUCGGAGGACCUGGCCCUCGAAAGCCUCCAAUCGGAACAGGUCAGGCUCCUGGUGGUUUCGGCGGCUACGAGGCCUCCUCUGGCGGCUCGCUGUUCUCCAGCCUUCAGGAGCAGCACCGACAGCAGAUGCAGCAGCUCCAGAUGUUGCACCAGAAACAGCUACAGUCCGUGUUACACCACGGUAACAGCGGCGCUGGGUUUGGAGGUGGACUCUCGGGUGGGUUUAACGCGGCCCCGCCGUGGCAUUCAGAUGGACCGGGUCAGGCGGAGGGGGCUGAAAGCAGUCAGUCGUACGUUAUGCAGGAAAAGACUCCGGUUCAGACACCGAGGGGACCCCUGCCACCCAGUCAGGGCCAGCAGCCGCAGCCUCCACCGCAGCAGCAACCAGCGGAGUCCAAACCGAUUCCUCCACCUCCAGAAUCCCAGCCACCCAAGUCGCAGGAAAACAUCGGUGCUCCAGUGGCCAGCAACACAAACCCGACCAGCACGAAUGAUAACAAACCCAUACCUUUACAGGAUCAACAGAAUGUGUGGUACAAACAGCAUCUUCAGAAUUUACAGAAACUGAGGCAGGAGAAAGCCCAGCAAAAUCAGACAGCGGGCAAUGCCUUUCUAAAGCCGCAGCCACCCAGUCAGGCAAUGCCUCCUCCUCCUCCCUCUGAACCACCAAAAGGCACACCCCCGCCACCGCCACCAAGAGAAGAGCCACCUGUGCCACCCCCACCUCCUGUAGACGUAAAGAGUGCAAAUGUAGGAAACUCACCUAAUUUGACAGACACACCUGAUGCUCCAAAAGACCCAGAGGAAGCUGCUCGUCUUCAGCAAUUGCAGGCUGCAGCAGCACAAUGGCAGCAGGUGCAACAGCAGAGAGUUAGCUUGCAAUACCAAGCUCUCAUGCAGCAACAUGAAAAACUUCAGCAGAUUCUUGAACAGUAUCAGCGACUGAUUCAGCAGCCUCCAAACCUGCAGACGAUGUCUGCAGAACUGCAGCUGAGGCACUAUGAAAUGCAGCACCAGCAGUUCAUACCUUUAUUCCAAAACUGGAAUAGCUCUUUUGCUUUGUGGCAUGAACAGUUUCAAUCUUAUCCUCACAAAGACCAGUUGCAGGACUAUGAGCUCCAAUGGAAGCAGUGGCAAGAGCAGAUGAAUGCUACCAAUGCUCAUCUUCAAGAGAGAGUGACCACUAUUACUGCUAUGGUGCCAUUUGCCUCAGGCCAGUAUGGUGCUAUGACUGGACAGCUUGGCCAAUACCCUGGGCAAGAUAUGCCAUUGCAGCAGCAAGUAGUGAACCCUGGUGUCCAACCCACUGUGGUUGGUGCUAUUGCCACUGCUCCAGGUGCUGCUGGUGCCACAGCAGCAAGUGCUUCAGGUGCUACAACUCCAGGCCAACAACCUCCUACCUUUGUGGCACAUUCAGAAUCAGCUGACAGGCCUCAUGUACAAGGAAGUCUUCCUGGUGGGGUUGGAGUGAUAUCCCCUAGUCCUUUGACGAUGCAAACAUCAAGUUUCAACAGCAUAAGAGAACCACGGCCCAGCAGAUUUGACCAACCACCACAAGGCUUUGAUGGGCCCCCUAUGUUCGACCAAUCACAGCAGCGUUGUGAUGGUCCUCCAAGGUUCAACCCACCACGUCAAAGAUUUGAAGGCCCAACAUUUGAUCAACCACGGCAGCAUUUUGAUGGUCCAACAAGGUUUGACCAACCACUUCAGCGCUUUGACGGCCCAUCCAGGUUUGAACAACCACGGCACCGUUUUGAUGGCCCCCCAAGAUUCGACCAGCAAGGUCCGCGCUUUGAUGGUCCUCAAGGGUUUGACCAACCACGUCAACGCUUUGAUGGUCCCCAAAGGUUUGACCAACCACGGCAACGCUUUGAUGGUCCCCAAAGGUUUGACCAACCACGGCAGCGCUUUGAUGGUCCUCCGAGGUUCGACCAGCCACGCCACCGUUUUGAUAAUCCACCCAGACAUGACCAGCCUAAUUUUGGACAGCAAUCUAGAUUGGAUUCCUCAAGAUCCCUUUGCCCUCCACCACGAUUUGAAUCUCCUUCAGCCCCUCAGUUAAAACAGCAACAAGGUCCUGAACCUAAAUUGGAGACUGACAUUCAAAAUCCUGCCAGUUCAGAUUCAACAACUUUGCCAAAAACAACUGCUCAACCACUGUCUAACAAAAAUGAAACUGUACCAAAAAAAUCAACAACUGAUGACUUGACAGAUGAUAAUUUGCUUGGAGCAGAUGGUUUUUUCAUUCAAAAUGACCCUAUUCCCCAGACAUUAAAAAGUAAGAAAGAGUCUGAGGAAGCAAAAAACAAAAGUAUCUCUGAUGAUAGCAAUAAAGACAAACCUACGACAUCAACGAAAGACUCUGAUUCGAUAUCUCAACUUCCACCACCUCCACAAAAUUCCCAAAAGGACAAUGAACCAAUGACAGACAACAAAAAAUCAAUUAAAAUUACUGCGGAAAUCCAACCAGAACUACAAAGUUCAGACCAGUUGGCACCAAAACCAGAACUUCCGAAUCUACCUCCUGGCAGGGGACGUGGUCAGCCUCCACUGCGUGGACUUGGCCGUGGAGAAUUGGGCCCUGGGCAGUUCAGAGAACAUAAUAUUGCACAAACUGAGGAGGGGGUGAGCGGAACGCCUUAUGACUAUGUGCCACCAGAGGGCGAUAGAGGAAUACCUGAAGAGCAACAAGACUACUGGCAAGAUCCUUCAUAUCAGGAGUUUGGUGAGGAUGAAUCAGAGGUGCGUCCUGAAGACACAUGGGUCCCAGAAGAACAUUACUUUGAAGAGGAAGAGUAUUAUGAUGAGCCAGUGGGACCAUAUAUGGGGCGAGGUAGACCCCCAAUAAGAGGAGGGCCCCCAAUGGGACGAGGAAGACCACCCAUGGGAAGAGGAUUUCCUCCCAUGGGAAGAGGUGUACCACCCAUGGGCAGAGGAUUUCCUCCCAUGGGCAGAGGAGGAUCACCCAUGGGCAGAGGGGGUCCGCCCAUGGGUAGAGGAGCUCCACCCAUGGGGAGAGGAGGUCCACCCAUGGGGAGAGGAGGUCCGCCCAUGGGUCGAGGAGGACCACCCAUGGGCAGAGGAGGUCCGCCUAUGGGUAGAGGAGGUCCACCCAUGAGUAGAGGAGGCCCACCAAUGGUGAGAGGUGGACCACCCUUUAGUAGAGGAGGGCCACACAUGGGAAUAGGGGGUCCAGCAGUUGCUAGAGGAGACCUAGAUGAUAUGCACUGGGCAGAGGCUGAGUCUGCAGAGUGUUCUGAGGAAGGAGAACCCUACUGGGAAGAAUGGAGACCUCAAAUGAGAGGCAUGAGACCCCCAUUUCCACCGGGUCGAGGUCGUCCUCCACGUGGGCACCCUGGUUUCAUGCCUCGAGGCCGAGGAGGUCCACUUCACCCUAUUCACGGUGAAAUGGGUCAUGAGCCUGUAGGUCAUGAAAUGGAUUUGGAUGAUACCAACGUGGAUCAAUCAAUGCGCCCAAUGUACCACGAGCAUGACCCAUAUGGCCAUUCAGGGCAUCCUGAUGUUGGAAGAGGCAGGCGACGAAUUCCACCUCCUCCCCAUGAAAUUAUGGAUCGCUUAGAGGAGCCUUUGUAUGAAGGAGCAGAAGAAGAUUCUGAAUGGUAUCCUCCACGAGGACCUCCAAUGACUCCACAUGAAAUAAUUGACAGGGGAGGAAUGAGAAGACGACCUAUGGGUCGAGGAAUUGCGAGGGGAAUGUGGCGCCCAGGUCCACAUCGUGAGGGAUAUGAAGAAGUAUAUAAGGAGGACCAAGCUAUGGAUUAUGAUCGAGGUGAGAAUGAGUAUCGCCGGCCUCCAGCUACAGAGUUUCCACCUGAAGACUAUCGCCACGAAGCCAAGUUCUGUGAGGGGGACUGGGACAGAGAUCGUCCUCUUCCUGAAAGAGAGUAUCCUUCCCGCAUGCCGCCCCCACCACACCUCAGAGAGGAACGCUGGGAUCCAGAAACGGAAAGACGUCGAUCGUAUCCUUAUGAUGAAAGCAAUAGGGCAAGGGGAGAACUACGAAUUCAUGACUAUAGGGAUGAGCCCCCAUACAGACUGGAUGAACCGCCACACCUACGGGCUUCUGACUGGGAUAGACCUUCUAGGCAUUCUCCAUUACCAGUAAGGACAUAUCCCGAUUAUGGUGACCUUAGACCUCAGUAUGAGGAGCGUAAGGAAGAGCCACCACUUGGUGGAUCUGCAACAGACUUACCUGGAAGCUCAGUUGAAGCAGCAACCCAAGGAACAAGCGGGGCAAAUGUGCUUGCCCUUUCUCAAAGGCAGCAUGAGAUUAUCCUGAAAGCUGCUCAAGAACUUAAGCAAAUAAGGGAGUUGCAAGAGGGAAAGACCCCUAGUACUGAUAAACCACAACCUGCAUCCAGUGACCUUCUGCCAGAGCUACCUGCAGGUCUCCUUGGAUUGGAGAUCCCAGCAGAUGUUAGGAAUGUUUUAAAGGGUAUGAGUGCUGCUGUUCAGUCAGCUGCUCCUGAAUCAGCAUCCUGGGAAAGUAAACCUACUGUUGCUGUAGAUUACCAGUCGUCACUGUCUGCUUCAGCCAAACCACCAAUAAUUUCUAAAACGGUCGAUUAUGGACAUGGGCAUGAGUUCGGGGCAACUGUAGAGCGGAUUCCAUAUGGUGAGAGAAUAGUACUAAGACCUGACCCAGUCCCAUCAGAUCGCCUCUAUGAUAAAGAACCACUCGGUCUCAGAGAUUCCUAUAGCCGAGAUCCAUAUUAUGACCGGCGAUCAGACCCCUAUUUGGAUCGCCGGGAGUACAGCAGAGAGAGGGAGUUGUACCGAGAUAUGCCUCCUGAAUAUGAAAGAGACAGAUAUGAGAGGGAGCGUUAUCAUUCACGGGAAAGAGAUGAGAGCACAUAUUCCUUGGUUGAAGAAAGGUCUCCACUACCUCCUCGAGCGGCAUUCAGGGAAAGAGAUAAGGAGCGAAGUGGCAGUCGUGACCCAGACGACUUUUAUGGAAGGCCUGGCUAUGACAGACCUCUGUAUGAGCGCUCCGGACCUGACCGCAUUGGGCCUGAACGUUACAGCUCGCCUUACUUGGAAAGAAGAGGAGGUUAUCCAGAGGACCGAGGACCACAUCCUACUGCUCCACUGCCUCCUCCACCAACACCGCCACCUCCACGAGUCGAGAAGAAGCCUGAAAUUAAAAAUAUUGAUGACAUCCUCAAAGCGCCUGGCAGAUUAUCUCGACCUGAGAGGAUUGUUAUAAUAAUGAGGGGCCUCCCAGGAAGUGGAAAAAGCCACGUUGCAAAGCUUAUACGGGACAAGGAAGUUGAGUGUGGUGGCGCACCUCCAAGAGUUCUCGUUCUGGAUGACUACUUCAUGACAGAGGUGGAGAAAGUUGAGAAAGACCCAGACACUGGGAAGAGAGUCAAAACCAAGGUUCUUGAAUAUGAAUAUGAACCUGAGAUGGAGGAUACCUACAGGAGCAGCAUGCUGAAAACAUUUAAGAAAACUCUUGAUGAUGGUUUCUUCCCUUUUAUUAUUCUGGAUACCAUUAAUGACCGAGUGAAACAUUUUGAGCAAUUCUGGAGCGCCGCCAAAACAAAAGGCUUUGAGGUGUAUGUAGCUGAAAUCACGGCUGACACUCAAACAUGUGCAAAGAGGAAUGUCCAUGGGCGCAAGCUUAAGGAUAUAACAAAGAUAUCCAGCAACUGGGAGUCAUCUCCUCGUCAUAUGGUGCGCCUAGACGUGCGAUCCUUGCUUCAAGAUGCUGCCAUUGAGGAGGUUGAAAUGGAGGACUUCAACCCUGAAGACGUUCCCCAAGAAACCAAGAGGGAGGAGGAAGAAGAGAGCGAUCUGGGAUAUCUUCCAAAAAGCAAAUGGGAGAUGGACACGUCAGAGGCCAAACUUGACAAGUUGGAUGGCCUGGUGAGCGGUGGGAAGAGGAAGCGUGACAGUGAACACUUGUCAGGCAUAGAGGACUACCUUCAGUUGCCAGAUGACUAUGCCACACGCACAUCUGCACCAGGAAAGAAAAGGGUCCGAUGGGCUGAUCUUGAAGAGCAGAAGGAUGCAGAUCGAAAGCGUGCUAUCGGUUUUAUAGUUGGACAAACGGACUGGGAAAAAAUAACAGAUGAGAGCGGCCAGUUCGCACAAAGAGCUCUUAAUCGUACAAAAUAUUUCUAGGAUAGUGUGAUUCCUUAUUUUGGUUUACAGUAAGAUGCCCAGAAUGUGAAGAUGCUCCAGCUCCUUGGCAGUGAAACAUUCAUCCUCCCAACAGUUAUCAGUAGUUUUGGUCACUUCGCUAAUAAUUAUAAAGAUUACAUUUUUCCAUCUGGUAUGAGCUGUAUUUAAUCUGCGUUUAGUUUGCUUAAGUAUUCAGGCAUCUUUUACUUUUUUCUCUGUUUUAUACUUCAUGUACUGUAUACCUGUAACACUAUUUCUUAGUCAAUGUGUUGUAGAGAAAAAAUAAAAGGUUCACAACAUUAUAAACUUAUAAAAUUUGUCAGUGGGGUUUCAUAAUGAUGCUUGGAGAAUUAACUGUGUUGUUUUAUGUUUGGCAAGACUUUUUGUUCAGUUUAUUGCUAAUCUACAAUGAUAGUCUUGUCUCUGUACAUUCAUGUUUUGGUUUUGAAGUCACAACCUCCAGACUAAGACGACUAUCAGCUGUUCUCAUCUCUUGUUCGUCUAGGUUCCCUGUUACGCAAAUGAAUAUUUUUUGUAAAUUGGACUUGUAUAUAUUUUUAUAUAAACUGAUCCAACAUGGAAGUAAAGUAUCAAUAAAGAUGUGUAAGUCCCACCUCCUGUAACUGCCACCUGUAGAGUUCAUUGGCAGUGUGUGUUCCAAGGUAGUGAUGAAAAUAUCAAAGUAAAAAGGAGCCAGUUUCUAUCAAUAAAUCGCUAACUUCUUAGUUCUCGUCCAGUGCUGUGAAAAAGUAACCUUCCCUAUUACGUAUUACUUCUGGUUUUGCUUUUUGUGUUGGACUUGGAACGUUUCAGAUCACCCAAAAUUUUGACAAUUACUUGACUAAAUAGUGUUUUUGAGUAUGAAUUGACCUGAACUUACACCAUUUCGAAUCAGCUAUAAGUCGGACUUUGACUAAACCACUCCAAAAUAUAGUUUUGUUUUUUAAGGUAUUUAAACUGGUGUUCUUUGGAUAAUUAUUCUGCUGCACUGUCAGUGUGCUUGAGCUUACGGUCGUAAACGUAUGAAAAACAUUCUCGCCACUAUUUCAUGUUUUCUGUAUUUGUUGGUGAUCAACUGAACUCCUACAGUCAGAAAAGGCUCUGCAGUCUGUUCCUGACUAAUGUAUGCCAAUGUCGUUUGGCUAUGUGUUGUUGAAUUUUUAUUUAAAUUACGACAUGUUACAUUGCCGUAUCAGACCUUUUUACCCACUUUAAAAUACUUGCAAUUUAAGUAAUCUGAGUAUUCUUAAUUGUUGGGUGUGUGUUUGGGUCAAAGGAAAUUUACUCUAAUAAUGGAUUGUUGAUGAUUGAACAAGGGGCCAAUAACUGUCGCACAAAGGCCCAGGUCAUUUAGAAAUAUUUUUUUCCCAUAAUAAAUGAAAUUGUAAUUGAAAAAGAUUAUUAAAAUUUCAUUUAUUGUAGGGAAAAUAUUGUUGGGUUAUGUUAAUCCAAUAUCAAAGCUUCAAAAUCGAGGUGUCAAGAAGGGAAGAACAAGAAAUGCAUGAGGGGGUAAAUUACUUUUUGGAAUUAUCUGGUGGUGUUUAAAAUUGACCUUUUUUAAAAACUCGAGCAAUCGUAACUCAGAUUAUUGCAUUAUGUUUCAUUUCUGUUUUGUUUUCUAAUUUUAACAUUCUGUUAAAAAUGUUUAAAAAAGUGCAUGAUUCAUGCUUUUUGUGCAUUUAUAUGCAAAUGUAACUUUUUACAUAUCUUAAAUUUUUAUAGAAAAAAUUUUAUCGCUGUGAUAAUUGUAGUCACCAAGAAUUUUAUUCCAGUUAAACCUAGAUUUUUACUGACAACAGAAAGAUGGACAAAUGUUCACUAUGUUGUUAUAUACUUUUGAACACACAUUUGCCUUCAGCCUCUGAAAAUUCUUUGUACAUUUAGUGCCAUUGCUGAACAAUAGUUUUCACAAUUUUUCCUAAGGCUCCGUCUUUCAGUAGAUGACUUUUAGCAUUCUAUACCACCUUCUUGAAAUGCUACUAUUCAUUAUGUCCUAAGGUAGUUGUUUCAACUGAACUGGUUUACCUUUUCUUUUUUCCCAACAAAAGAGUCACAAGAAAUAUAAAUGUCAUUAACAUUUCAGAGGUGGAGUUUGAACCCUAACAUUGUAUUUUUGCACGUUUGUGAUCAUGAUGUGGUGAACCGUGAUCUACACAGAUUGGUGCUUUCCUUUUUUUCUGUAUUGUUAUAGUCUUAAUAGGUCAUGAAUGCUAACACCCUAAUAGCAGAUAGAUAUCCAAACAAUACUGCAAACAGAAUGUUUCAAUACAUUAUCUCCAUAUUGAAAAACUAAUUCAAUAAGAAUGGAAUAGUUCCAUUCAUUAAUCAAAUUUAUAUUUUUAUUCAAGAAAAUUUUACACUGCCUGGCCAAAAAAAAGUUGCCAAACUAAUUACAUUUGAGUCUCCUAUUGGAUAAUUAGUGCCUGGUCGCUUACCUGUUAUGGUAACAUGAUAUUUAACCCCUAACGAUGCAAUCAGUAGCUUCUCAUUUCUUAAACAACCAUGUCGAAAGACUCAUCCCGUGGUUGUGGAAAAGAUGUUGGUUUAAGAAAGGGGAAAUCACAGGCACCAAGCAGAGAAAAUGUCUAGUGACGUUGGAGAAACUACUAAAAAAUGGGUUAAAAACUGUUAAAUGCAAGUAAAAACAUUUCUAUGCGCGCAAUGCAAAGGGAAUCCAUUCGACUGAGACUCAACAGCUGUGUAGCCAUAAGAAAACCAUUAAACAUUGAAGCUAAUUGGAGAAAAAAGGCUUAAAUUUGCAUGGAGCAAAAUAAAAUUACUCUGGACCAAUGGAAGAAGUUCAUGUAGUCUGAUGGGCCCAAAUUUAUCUUAAUCCCAUUGAGAAUCCCGGGGACAUGUUGGCUUUGAGAGGUGGUCGUACUCUCCCAUCAUCAAAACAAGAUUUUGGUGAAAAGAUAAUACAAAAAUGAAUGGAAACAAAGAGUGAUACGGCAGCAGCUUAUCAACACAAUGCCACAGCAAAUGUUUCAUAUAAACAAAAGAUCAGACUUUUUUUGGCCAGGCAGUGUUGAUUUAGCAUAGUUUGCCAAUUUCCAUAUUCUUAGCAUAUAAAUAAGGAAAACUAAAAUUCAGUUUAGUGUGAACAGAUGUAAAUUCCUUUUGGGAGAUGAAAUCACCAUCUUCACAAGGCUUUUUGAAACAAGCGGGCUUUCCUGUUAGGUGAUUUUGGACCGACACCAGCAGAUGACAUGACACCCAAAGUCAUCACAGACUGGAAACGUAACAUUGGAUCUGAAGCAACUUCAAUUAUAUUCCUCUUCACUUCUCCUCCAGACUCUGGGACCUUGAUUUUCAAAUUAGCACAUUUUAAUUGAGUCCACUUGUCAACAGUCCUGCACUUUUUCUUCUUAGCCCAGGUAAGAUUCUUCUGAUGUUGUCUGUUUCAGGAGAGGUUUAGCACAAACACUGGAAUAAUCGUAGAUCAUUUUUUUGAAUUUAUAUAUUUGGUGACUCUUGAAGAACCAACUCUGGGCUUUCUCUACAUCUUGUGAAUCUCCCUCAAACUCUUGAAAGAUUCUUUGCUUCACAGUUCUCUAAAAACCAAAGUUACCCCUGUUGCUUCUGUGCUUUUUUUUCCUACCACACUUUCAUUCAGCUCAACUUUCCAUUAAUGUCCCUAGAUACGGCUUUGUGAACAAUCAAACUUCUGUGUUAUUGACCUUUUGACUAACGCUGACUAUGCUUGAUGACUUGUCAAGUACGCAGACUUAAAGAGGUCAUAACAUUUCUCUUGCUGAAAUCUUGAAAGUAGAAACCUUUUUUGGUAAUACUUGGAAUUUGAGAUAUGACUUUACCAUUUGUAACAUCUACUGGGUUGGUUUCCAGAAAACAUGAGAGGGCAGGUCAUGUAGUGCUUCUUAGAAAGGAUGUAAGAAGGAGGCCCCACUUUCUUUCAGAAUGGAUAGCUGCAUUUAUUGUACGUAAGUUAAUGACAUGUAAUAGAAAAAAAAAAGACACUGGUGUUAUCAACAUUUUUCUUUUCCAUGUUUAAACUCUUUGAAGACUGAAGGAAACCCAGGGUUUGAAUUUUCCCCCUCUGGAUUUUAAUCUGGAUUCGUCUGUCUGGAUUCCCUGAAGCUAGAAGAGCAAAGAGCAUUUCUCCUGCUGGAGACAUUUUGCCUGAGUACCGACAGAACAAAUCAAACAUGAUGAACUUAUGGUAAGUAUGGGAAGUAAUUGUGCUAGAUUAUGUGGAAAAAUUUACAGCUCAAGUAAGUUUUGAAAUUGUAUUUAUGUAAAUAAAAUGUACUUUAUAUGUUAAAUAUUAAAUAUUUUUUCUCUCUGG